AAAGACAGAACACCCUAACAACUGAACUGGGCGAAUUGAGUCUGUUAGUUUGUGUUUGAGUGCGUCUGAGUGUGUUUGAAAGUGUGUCCAGCCGCCCACUCCACCCACUGAGUCCGCGAUGGGCGUGGAACAGCAGGAGAAGCAGCAGGAGGACGGGCGUGACCUGGCGUUCCUACGGGAGGUGAAGAGGGACCUGACCACGGCGCGGGAGGAGUGUGUGAGGCGCGGCCUGCUCCACACCUGCAAGUGGCUGAGUGAGUUGCUGGUGUGUGUGCGGGAUGUGGAGGUGGAGGAGCCCCUGCCGCGCUGCCCCCCCUUACAGGAGGUGCUGGGGGAGGAGCUGGACCACUACAAUUUGGCCAAGUCCUAUUUUGAUCUGAAGGAGUAUGACAGGUGUUCGUACUUCACCAAGCACUGCACCACUGGCUUGGGUCGCUUCCUGCACCUUUACUCCAGCUACCUGUCGGGGGAGAAGAAGAAGAACGACGAUAUUGUUGAUACUCUAGUGGCCAAUGAGCAGCACAAGGGUGUGUACCUGAAGGUGCUGCACACAGAGCUCUCCAAAAUGUACAGCCUCGCCACCACUGCCUCCCCACCAGGUUAUGGGAGAAUGGACGCCUGGCUGCUGUGGGUGUAUGGGGUGGUGUUGAAGAGGCUGGAUUUGACACAGCAGGCCGUAGAGGUGUUGAGUGAGGCAGUUCACUUGGAGCCACUUCACUGGGGGGCCUGGCUGGAGCUGGCCGCCCUCAUCACCGACCGGGAGAUGCUCGGCACACUGAAGCUGCCGGACCACUGGAUGCGCCGUCUGUUCCUGGCCCACACCUACCUGGAGCUGCAGCUGAACGACGAGGCGCUGGAGAUUUACACCAGUCUGCAGAACGCUGGGCUACACCACUCCACCUACAUCAUGGCCCAGGUCGCCAUCACACACCACAACCAGAGGGACGUGGACCAGGCAGUGACAAUCUUCAAGGAGCUGGAGGCGGUGGACCCCUUCCGCCUCGACAACUUAGACACUUACUCCAACUUGCUGUAUGUGAAGGAGAUGCGGGUGGAGCUGUCCCAUCUGGCCCAUCGCAUCGUGCAGGUGGACAAGUACCGCGUGGAGACUUGCUGUGUUAUUGGCAACUACUACAGCCUGCGUUCCCAGCAUGAGAAGGCGGUGCAGUACUUCCAGCGGGCCCUGCGUCUCAACCCUCACUACCUCGCUGCCUGGACUCUCAUGGGACACGAAUACAUGGAGAUGAAAAACUCUAAUGCUGCCAUCCAGUGCUACAGACAGGCCAUUGAGGUGAACCGGAGGGACUACCGGGCGUGGUAUGGGCUGGGCCAGACCUAUGAGAUCCUGAAGCUGCCGGCCUACUGCCUCUACUACUUCAAACAGGCCCAGAAGCUUCGCCCGAAUGACUCCCGCAUGCUGGUGGCCCUUGGGGAGAGCUACGAGAAGCUGGAGAAGACUGAGGAGGCCAAGAAGUGUUUCCUGAAGGCACACAGUGUUGGGGACAUUGAAGGAAUUGCUCUGCUCAGGCUGGCUAAGUUGUACAGCCGGCUAACAGAGGCUGACCGUGCCGCCGUGCUGUAUGAACGCUACCUGCAGGAGACAGAGGAGGUGGGGCCCAAUGAAGACCGGGGCCAGGCUUACAACUUCCUGGCCAGUCACUGUCUGCAGAAGGGCAUGCUUGAUUUGGCCUAUGAAUAUGCACAGAAAUGCACUCUUUUCCAUGAGACACGCGAGGCCAGCAAGACAAUGCUGAGGGAAAUAGCCAACAGACGACAGCACUCGGACCAGAACCCACAGGAUGACUGUGGCAGUGUGCUGGUGAACAGAGUGCGGCCCAGACACCUCACCAAUGACCGUUCCAGCAACAGCAGACUGCCGCCCCUCUCCCUCACCUACACACCCUAGCACACCUGCCCACCCCCAUCCACUCACCCCUCCGCCACCCCAUCACUAAGCUAAUUCAUCCAUCUCAUUACCUAUAUCCAUUUCUACCCUCACAUACUUCGACUCACCCAUUUCUCUCCCACUUACUGUAACCCUGUUGAUUCUGUACACUUUUCCCUUACCCCCCCCCACACACACUUUAUCCUGCCCUGCAUAUACUCAUACAGCAAUCCACCCUACAUUUUUCUCAUUCUAUCUGCCAUUCUUCCUUUUUUUUUUCAACCUUUCAUGACUUACUCUAAUUUUUUCAUAGUUUUUUAAUCUUCAAUUUUUGUUGUGGUGUGGUAUCCUUCUGUGGCCAUCAUCACCCAUUGCUGGCUGUCUCUUCCACCAACGCUGUCCCUGGUGCAGCUAACGGUAACAGCAGUGCCACUCACCCCUCAUAGGUCAGGGUCAUUCAGUUCCCCCGUGAAGGGUGUGAGGGGAGGUGCCACCAGCCAGCAGCUUCACACAUUCCAUUCUUGCUGCCUGGUGAGAUGCUUGGUGACUUGAUCCUGGCCCAGUGCCCAGUGCUCACUACGCACUAACUAAAGUAACUGUUUGGUGAAAGUGUCCACAUGGCUUGGUCACGCUGCCUCUGUGCCCAAGACAGCCUUGGCCACACAAUUCUGAAUGCAAGACACAGUUCAGUGUGUGCUCGUCUUGCAACAUUUGCCGGCCUCCACCACCAAGCCCUCAGUGUGGUGUGUGGUGCAUACCAAGUCACCGCAGGGACAUUUGCUGCAUCUGGGAAGAGCCACACAAUGGUUGGUGGGCAGCAGCAGCAGCAGCCUUGUGGUGAAGAUUGUAUUACUGUACUUAUAACACUUCCUGGUACAUCUUCAGUCUUCAUAUUGUGAUGCUCCCACCACAGUACUCACUCUUCCACGCCACUUUGACACACGUGCAAUGUUAUCCAGUGAAAGGAGGCCAUUCCUGUUCUCCUGUGCUGAGAGACAGACAGACAGACACAGACACACACCUGGUGAGGGAAUAACUGUUUAUUAGCAAAUGUGUGUGUGUGAAGGACCAUUCAUUUCACUUUCCUCUCAACUCAACAACUCAUCCACACACACACACACACACUCAAUACUCUCUACUCCCAGUACUAUUCCUGUGUCCAUAAUCUCACCCAUAUCACUCGUCACCACGACAGUGGUGGUGGGGCAAGCUUCACUCAGCCUGGCAUGGUGUGUGUGAUCAGCCCCUCAAUGGAUCAAAGGAUUCAUUGGUGCUGUGAAAGACUGUUAAGUAUAUUUUUACACUUAAACCAAUAAUUCCCUUUGUAAAUUAUGUAUAAAUAUGAUACCCAGGUUGAUGUACUACUGUAAUUGUGUGCAUUAUUUGUGUGUGGUGCCAGUGACUGUUGGAACAUACUACUUGUGAUAUACUUGUAUCUUGUCAUUGUAACCUGCACCCUUUGGCCCUCUUACUUCGAGAUCCAUGAAAUCAGAUGUAAAGAAUAGAGUAAGGAGGAAAGAAGGGAAUAACUGAGAAAGAAUGUGAUAACUUAGUAAGGAUGGAAAACAGUGGAUAAUGAUGAAAUAAGUCACUGAGUAAGGAUGAGAAAAAAAAUAGAGGAAUCACUGACUAAGGAUGAAAGAACUGAGUAAGUAUGAGAGUCUGUGAGGAAGGAUGAAAAGAAUGGAAUAGUCAGUCAUUGAGCAAGAGUGAAAGGAAUAAAUAAUAGACAAGUAAAUCUACAAAUACUAACGAACUACUAAGACACCAGCAUUAGGACCCUUAGCAUUAGGACCCUUAGUGAAAAAUCAAAACCCAUCAGUAAUACUUUAAACAUUUAUUAAGUAGCCAGGAUCCAUCGCUCGGCCAACACCUGCCUUCUGUGGUGCCUCGCUGCGAUAAACGGAACACGAGCAUAUCCUUUCACAUAGCAAGGGCAGAGCAGCAAGGCACCAGCAAGUGGCAGUGUUGACUCCCUCCAGGUAUGUCUAGCAGUGCAGUCUGGCCCAUUAUUUAUUUCUAGGCCAGACUCUACGGCCAGCCAGCACCAGAGAACGGAGACUCUCGCAGCGCACUCAAAACAAAUACCAAGUGCUCUGUGGGUGUCUGCGCUCUCUGUCUCUCUCUACCGUCAACUUAAACGAUAAAACAUAAAGAGACGCAAGCCACACUUCUCUCGGCUUGGCUCGGAAAACUGGCUACCCUCAAAAUGUUCCAUGAUCUGAAUGAAGUGGAUCUGCCUACUUGACUGACUAACAGGACAAGGAUAACAGUCUAUACUACAAACAUGAUACUUGAAAAAGAGAUUCCUUGUCACAUUUGCUUUUAUCAUUUAGAAAUGCCCACAGAACACUCACAGCAAUGGCUUCCUAAUAAUAAAAA